GACAUGCACUUGUUCUAAAUUCCUGGAUGUGACGGUUGUCGUCGGACCGGUAACACCAUUUAGCCUACAUAUACUAUGGUACAUUUGUGUUAAUAAUAAAGCUAUUUAACAAUUUAACGAGCGCUCCAGGCAGUGCAAACCUAUUAAAAGUUACAGAAUAACUCAUAUUCGUCAUUUGUUAUCCAAAUUAAAGGUACCUGUUAUGUGGUAAAAUAUAGCUCCAGCUAGCUUCAGAUAAUUCUAGUUGGCGUCCGUAAAUAAGUGAAAUAACCAGUCAUAAGUUAAAGGUUUCUUAAAGUAAAACAUAACUGAGAGCAUUUUUAUUUAUUUUUUUGGUCUUCUUGUUGACGGAGGUCACAGAACCUCUAAUCCCCCUACGGUACUUCGUGUACAUCAAAACGAGCACACCCACCCGAUCUCGACGAAGCCUCUCCCGAGAGGGAAUAUAACAGAGAGGGAGACGGGAAAGCAACGCAUUAUCACCGAAUCUCCUCCGAAGCACAUCGAUAAAGCGUCAUUUCACGGGCCAUGAUGCGGAGUUUAUGCGAGGUGGCUUUUGUGUCCCUCCUGAUUAUAUUUCUCCUGAACACUGAACCGACAUGGGCCAAAAAAGGUGGCAGCAGCGGCAAGAAAACCUCAUCCACUAGCAACAGGGGUGGGACACAGUCAAAACCAUCCAGCUCUCAACCCAACAGAAACACCAAUCCAUAUCCCUCCGGUGGAAGUUACCCCUAUCCAGGAGCAGGCAACUCUAAUCCAGGAGGAUAUCCCAGACAAAACCCUGCAAGUUAUCCAGGAGCCGGUAGUAACCCCAACCAGUAUCCUGGUAGAGCCAAUCCUGGAGGUUAUCCAAACCAGAACCCUGCAGGUGGCUAUCCAGCUGCAGGUGGAUACCCAGCUGGUGGGGGAUACCCUAACCAAAACCCAGGGAGAGGGAAUUACCCAAAUCAGUAUCCACCUGCUGGAGGCUACCCAGCAGCAGGUGGCUAUCCUAACCAAUAUCCAGGCAGAGCUGGCACCAACCAAGGAGGAUAUCCGAACAAUUACCCCGGUGCAGGAGGCUACCCAGCUGCAGGAGGCUACCCGGCCGGAGGAGGCUACCCAGCAGCCGGUGGAUAUCCUAACCAAAGGUCCCCUUAUCAGUACCCAGCAGCUGGUGGUUACCCAGUCAGAGGGGGAAAUACAGGACAGGGCUGGGGCCAGCCUGCUGUCAAUCCAGGGGGUUACCCUGGUGGAGCGGUUGGUGGUUACCCCAACUGGAACCCAAAUAAUAAGAUCCUCAGUCCCAGGUAUGGUGGAGGAGGUUAUGGAUAUGGCGGUUAUGGGAUGGGAGGCUCUCCUUUCUCUCGUUCUGUGCAAAAUAUGGGAUACAAACCCAAGUCUCCAGGUUUUGCCAAAAAAGCCAUGGUGGCAGCAGGCGUUGGUGCUGUGGCCGGGAUGGCCAUUGGAUAUGGACUAGGGCGCUUCCCACGACCACAUUUCAAUUUUCGCAACCCUGAAGAAGAGUACUACUACAACAACUACAUGUACCGCCGUUAUGGUUCCCAGUCCACAGAUGAAAAAGACUUUGGCCGUGAUUAUGUCUACAAGCCUCCACCACGGGCAGAGUCUUAUGACAACUUCAUGAGUCGCUGUAUGAAUAAGACCGACCUCCUUAAACAACAGGACAGCAGCUCUCCCAGUCCUACAAGUCAAAGUGGAGGUAAUGAGGAUGAUGACACCGUUAGCAUUGAGGAGAUUGGAUAUCCAGCCCUAAUUGAGCAGGUGAAGGCCCGACGUUGUGUUGAGCAGUACAUGGUCUACUCUGAGCGCUUUCUGCAGGAACGAGAAGCGGAGCAACAGGUUCAGUUCAGUCGUAGCAGCAGACCUGUCAGCUGUGGGGUGAUUCAGCUUUUCACCUCCCUCUUCAUGCUGCUGUCCAGCAUGUUCCUGCUCCAGUGACACCGUAAUGGGAUUUCUACUUCUUCCAUUAUGUCUGCACGUCCACAUAAAGUUAAUGUAUCUUAUCUCAAUAGUGCAAACCAUAGCUGUGUCUUGCAAGCUCUUUGAGUCAUGCUUCGUCAAUCAUUUAUUAUUGUCAGAGAAAAAUUGCA